UAUGAUACUAACAUUCUUUAUAGUCAACGGAAAGAUCCAAAUACCUACAUUUUUCUUAACAUUCACAUCGGGUUUGCGAAGUUGAUUGGUUUUCUCUUCAAGUAUGUAGUAUGUAUAUAUGUAUGUACUUAUACAUCUAAGAUAAAGUAAAACAUUUGUGCGAGAUGACUUCGAAAGUGACAAAUGUCACGGCAUCACAAGCCACAGCUUUGAAGGGUGUUAUGCGCAAUAGCAGUUACGUUAUACCAGGAUUAUACGAUCUUAGUGUAGAGGACACAAAUUGGGUACUAACAUCAUCAUUCAUAAUUUUCACCAUGCAAACGGGAUUUGGCAUGCUAGAAUCGGGUUGUGUGUCAAUCAAGAAUGAGGUCAACAUAAUGAUGAAGAACGUCAUUGAUAUUGUGCUAGGUGGCUUCACCUAUUGGCUGUUCGGUUAUGGAAUGAGUUAUGGACGUGGACCACUAUCCAAUCCAUUCAUAGCAGUCGGAGAUUUUCUACUAGACCCGCCCGUGGGUGAUCCUUUGAUGGGGCAAAUUUUUGCUGCCUUUCUAUUUCAGUUGUCAUUCGCCACAACGGCAACAACGAUCGUUAGCGGAGCUAUGGCGGAGAGAUGCAAUUUCAAAGCGUACUGUUUAUUUUCGCUACUCAACACGGCUGUCUACUGUAUACCUGCCGGAUGGGUGUGGGGUGAGCAUGGAUUCCUUAAUAAUCUUGGUGCUGUGGACAUAGCGGGAAGUGGUCCGGUGCAUUUAAUUGGAGGCGCCGCGGCAUUUGCCUCUGCUGCUAUGCUGGGUCCUCGCUUAGGUCGUUACUCAGACGGCUAUGAUCCCUUGCCGCUUGGUAAUCCCGUGAAUGCAUGCAUGGGCCUCUUCGUGCUCUGGUGGGGAUGGUUGGCUUUCAAUUCAGGCAGUACCUAUGGUGUAAGCGGUGCCAAAUGGCAAUACGCUGCGCGUGCUGCUGUCAUGACCAUGAUGGGCUCAUUCGGUGGGGGCAUUAUAAGUUGCGCCUAUUCACUUUGGCGUCAUGAUGGUCGCAUGGACAUCAUCGAUCUGAUUAAUGGUGUGCUCGGCUCAUUGGUCUCCAUUACCGCUGGUUGUUUUCUGUAUCGCGCUUGGGAAGCGCUUAUCAUCGGAAUGUUAGGUGCAUUGCUUUGCGUGGUCGCAAUGCCUUUGUUCGAUCGGCUAGGAGUCGAUGAUCCAGUCGGAGCGAGCUCUGUUCAUGGUGUUUGUGGAGUUUGGGGAGUAAUUGCAGUCGGCUUUUUCGCAGACAAUCCUGUGCCAUUGGAAACAACAAAAGGACGUUCAGGACUAUUUAAAGGGGGCGGUUGGUAUUUGGUGGGCAUACAAAGUUUAUCAGCAUUAUGCCUUGCCUGCUGGGGCAUUUGUUCAACAUUCCUUCUACUCUAUAUUGUUAACAAAUUUAUACCACUGCGCAUGGAUCCCAAUGAAGAAUUACUCGGCGCCGAUUUAAUGGAACAUCGUAUACGCCAUUCACAAAUUGGGUUAUCGCGCGCCAUAUCUGCACUGGCACCGAUUAAGGUCAAUCUUAAUGAGAUUGCUGGUAUUCAGCCAAUUGGAUUAAAUCCCGGACAUGAGAAGAGCAUUGAACAGUUACGAGCUGCAGAAAAUAAACAAUGGCAACAAUAUCUGGAACAAAUGGGCCCACAUCUACCCAAACAUGUACAAGAACAAUUUGCCGCUGAGGAGCACAACAUACUCAAGACGAUUCAUAAUUCGCCCGAUCUUAAAACUCACACGGUUGGUAAUGUCUUUAGUCGCAAACUAAAGUCAGUACAUAUCAAAAAGGAUCCGGAUCGUAAUGUGCAUACAGAUAUAACGCAGGGAUUCUAUAAGCCGAAUAAUAACGAAUUACCGGUGAUUUCAACGAAGCAAAUCGACAAGGACACCAACUUCGCAUGGGUCGAUUGAGAUGUUAAAAAAAUUAGAAGUUUUAUAAUUACUGAUUUUUAAAUGGAAGAGCAUAGAACGUCUAAAAAUUCAGUUUUGUUUUUGUUGUUGGCUAUUUAAAGCAAAGUUUUAAUAAAGUUAAUCAAAACACGUUACGCAAAAGUUACAUGAUA